UUCCAAAUUAACGUUCGCUUUGUUUGGUGGCAAAAAUGCGCGGCACUGACGGAAAUGGCAGUUCCGAGCGUAUGCUUAGUUCACUUAGUACCUCGACGCGGUGAGAAUACCGAUAAAAUACAAAAUUUAUUUAGCGCGCAAAGAGUAAUAAUACAAAAAAAAAAAAUGUAGCGAGUUGUGUGAGAAAGCCGUAAUCACGUUUAAGCUAGGUAUUAGUCAUCGCCAUGGAACAGACAAUAGGUAGUGUAGAUCAAGAAAAUUGUAAAUGAAGCGUUGAUUUUCUUUGUGGUUGAUUAUAAAACGGUUACAUUUUCAUGGGUAACAUAACUUGCGAAUACGUUUUUGGAAACCUUAAGAAUUUAGAUUCUUGAAAUCAGUCGCAAGAUAUAAUAUUCAGGAGUGCACGAUGCUGUUCAUUUGUCGCCUCGAUACGGCAUCACAUUCAAGGCGCAGGUGCAAUGGCGUCUCCUUAGUUGAGUCGCAGAAAUGACAGAGAUCAUUCGAACCGAUUCCCAAGUAGGAAGUAGAUGGUCUCUUAGCCUGCGGUGACCUGUAAGGAUUCAUGUAAUGAUUCUAAGCUUUUGUUUGAGGAGAUUAACUGGAAGUUUGUGAAAGACUUCACCAUGUCCGAAUUUUACGAAGCACAAACUAAAAUAAAACAAAACUAUAGGCUUCCCAGGACCAUCGAUAGUCGACAAGAAAUCUUCAGUAAUAGUGACGCCCGCGAUAGACAUAGAAAAUUAUACUUAUUUCGUGAUAUGAUUGGGGCCAGCGUUAAUUUGGCACUACGCGAUAAAUCCUGUUGCAUGGAUACAAGUUUCCUAAAUCGUUUUUUAUAUGCAAAGAAAUUCGAUUGUGAAGCAGCUUUAGAUUUACUUAUAAAAUAUUUACUAUACAAAGAGAAUAAUAAGCACAUUUUACAAAAACUCAGUAUUUUUGAUGAAAACAUACAGACUUCCUUAAGAGAUGGUAAUCCAUCUGUACUGAAACAACGCGAUCGCAAGGGGCGUAAGGUGUUAACAUUUGCGGCCGCCAAUUGGGAUACAAAUAAAUAUAGCAUGGAGGAUGUGUUCAGAGCAUUGUUGCUAUCAUUUGAUAAGCUAUUGGAGAAUGUUGAGAAUCAAGCAUUGGGAUUUGUUGUUAUUGUUGAUUGGACGAAUUUUACAUAUAAGCAAUCAACGCAUAUCUCAGCGAAAACGCUUAAAUUGAUGAUUGAAGGACUGCAGGAUUGUAUGCCAGUAAAAUUCAAAGGAAUUCAUUUCAUAGGACAACCUUGGUAUGUGGAUGUCGUUCUGCGAGUGAUAAAACCUUUCUUAAAUGAAAAAAUAAAGCGACGUCUACUGGUACAUGGCACCAAUUUGACCACCUUACACAGCAUGGUCAGUAAAGAUAUUUUACCACCCGAUUUGGGUGGUGAGGGACCAGCUAUUAAUACACUAGACUGGUAUCAUUACCUAUUGGAGUCUAGCCAGAAUUGUGAAUCGAGAAAGUCCUAUAGACUUAUUGAGGCGACUGUCUAUUCAAAAACAGCGGAUUGGCACAAACAGGAUUCCGGAUGUGAAGCGAAAAAAAUCGAAUCGAAUGAAACUUUAAUUGAAAAUAUCAACCAAAUCUCAUGACACUGUAGACUUUUACUUUUUAUAAUAAUAAUUUCUAAAGAAAACCAUUUGUAUGUGUUUUUUAAAUAAGUUAUGUGGAAUGGGGUGUGGUUUCCUGGUUACUUACAUAAAUAUGUACGUCAU